AUGUCCGCGCCCGAGAUUAAAGACGAUCGGCCCGAUGCCGAACUCGGCAGUCAUCUAGCUGAACCCGGGCCGGGCCCCGUUCGAAAGGAGACGGCUGGAGACGGCACUCGACUGGUGCGGCCAACGUCGCAAGAUGAACCAGAUGAUAGGUUACGCGAGGACGGCGAUGGCAUUCGCUACGAGACGCCCGAGAGGCGCAGGAGAAGACUCCGGAAUCUGGAGGAGGAGGAGCAGCGGCAGCAGAGCGGCGGUGCUAUGGGAGUCGUGAGUGCUUUUGAGUGA